CAGAAAAGAUGGUCAAAUUACACUUUCGACAUUUUUGACUAAGUUACGUGUCUUGAAUAGCCCAUUCGUUCGAGGGGUCAUUUGGAGGAAUUGGUUUAAUAACAAAAAAGUUAUAGAAGUUAAGGCUAUUUUAGGCCCUAGGACCGCAAAGGUGUUGUUGACAGUUUGUUGACGAUUUUGUUUACGCCGCGAACAUCCAAUCAGUUCAUUACAGUUCCUUCAAAUUGUACUGCAUUUAACAUGGAAAAGUAUGCUUUAAGCAACCUCAUCGGCGAAGGAUCGUUCGGAAAAGUGUAUAAAGCUGUGGACAAGACAUCGAAAAGUAUAGUGGCAUUGAAAAUAAUCAAUAAGCGAGGGCGAUCCGGGCGUGACAUAAAAGGAUUACGUGGAGAAUGUGAAAUACAAAGAAACUUACAGCACCCCAAUAUCAUUCGGAUGGUGGAGUCUUUCGAAACUAAUAACGAGAUAGUGGUUGUCACCGAAUAUGCGAAAACGGACCUUCAUACUGUUCUUCGAGAUGGAUCUCUCGGAGAAUCAAAAACACAACGUAUUACCUACGAUCUAAUCUCUGCUCUAUAUUAUUUGCAUUCACAUCGAAUAUUGCAUCGUGAUCUAAAACCUCAAAACAUUCUUCUCGAUCGCAACAUGUGUGCCAAGCUGUGUGAUUUUGGAUUUGCUCGUAAUAUGACGAUGGGCACGCAUGUGCUUACGUCCAUAAAAGGAACACCUUUGUAUAUGGCACCGGAGCUUUUAGAGGCAAGACCAUACGAUCAUCACGCUGAUUUGUGGUCAUUGGGAUGUAUUAUUUAUGAAAUGCUGGCAGGCGAGCCGCCGUUCAGCUCAACGUCAAUGAUACAUUUGGUGCGUCUGAUACGCAAUCACUACAUCAAGUGGCCUAGUUUCUUGACCGCUAACUGCAUAUCUUUCGUUCAAGGGUUGCUACAACGAGAUCCGACCCAACGUUUGAAUUGGGAUGGGAUUCUAGCGCAUAGUUUUGUAAAAGGACAUGUAGUAAUUAUUGAUGAGGAUGUUCCUCAUUCGCCUUUUACUCAUCCGCUAACUGCAUCGCAAUCGCGGGAGAAAAGUGAUCAAACUAAACUACUUUUGAGAUCCGGGAGAAGUGCAAACUAUCAGGCCACACAAGGUGACGAAGAUGUUGCAACUUCGAAAGACAGCAUCAAUGUAAUUUUGCAAAGUGAUGCAGAAUACCAGGAAACGGACACUGAUGAUUAUGUGGGUAAUUUGAUACCUACCAUUGGUACCAAUAAUUCAAAUGCUUUGACCAAUGUUUAUGAAUUAGGCAUUGGCAAUGCGUAUUCUUCGUAUCAAGUUGUUCAACUAACUGAAUAUCCUAAUCUUGUAGUAAGUUAUUUCAAUGAUAAUUUCCCGUUAAGACAUCGCUCGUUUCCAAACAAUGGCCCAUAUGUACAACCGACAAACAGAGAUAGUGUGGUUUCAGGUAGAAUAAAAUCACAAGGGCUGGAGCGACGUAAGCUGAACCAAAGCAUAGAUAAUUUUUCACUACGCAUUGAAUCAGAAAGGCUAGCCCGUACUCAGACCGUGCAGAGAAAAUCUGUAACUUCCUUUACCGCUCCGGAUAUUUCACAAGGCAAAAGUUCUGCUAAAAACACACCAAGCUUGCUUCCGGGAUGGGAUUCUUGCGAUGCUUCACAAAAUCCUCCAAUCGAAAAUGAAGAAUGGCUCGCGUUCUUACAACGUUCCAUGCAAGAAGUGCUUGAUGGUGAACUUGAUUCUUUGAAGCAACAGAAUUUUGUGUGCAUUAUAGUUGCUCCGCUACGAAACUUUCGUACCAGUGCAAAAGUUAUUGAGAAUGUUGCAAACUUACUAAGUCUUCCAUUAGCGAUCGAUAUUCCUCCAUUCAUACUAAGGGAAAUAAUUGCUGUUUACAGAGAGUUAAAGCUAGUGCCAAACUUAGUGUACGCCUCGAAAUUAUUAUGUAAUAAGUCUGUUGCCUCCGAUUCCAGGAGCGAUAGUCAUUCGUCUAAUCAAUAUGAGUCGGAUAACGCUUCCAUACGGCAACUCUCAACGUUGCACAAAGACGAGGUGAAAACAUUGACCGCUGUAUAUGAUUUAAUCUGCCACUUGAUUCACACUGGAGACAUUUUUGUAAAUCAAUUUUAUGAUGCUAUUGAGAUUCUGGGUGCAAAAGAAUUAUUUGUUGAUUUCAUCAAUGUUGUCCAUACAAAUAAUUGCUACGUUCAAUUAGUUUGUUCACUACUUGCGCUUUUAAACUGUGCCUUACGAGAGCUUCCGGAGAAUGCAAAUAUUGUAGAACAAAUAGUUUUACAUGAAAAUGUAAAUCUUAAAGCUCUACUGAAGCAUGGAGAUGCUAAUUUGCGAUUGCGAACCUGCAUGCUAUUGCGCAUAUUAGCCAGAUUCAGUUGUUUUGCCCUACAAAAACGUUGGACAAACGAAUUUAAAACGUGCCUUGAAACACUUCUUCUUGAUGACCACAUGGAUGUUCAAAAGGAAGCUAGAUUGGCUAUUGAAGAAUUCAAAUACCUUUCCUUUACAACAACAUAAAUCUACUGAUGCCCAGUGCUGGAAAGUAAGAUAUGCGCUACCGCUUCUGGAUUCAAUCCGCGAGAUAUAAGGCGGUUACGGUGUCGAAAAAAACGUGGCUCAGCGUCCGAUGCCUUCGAUGCUGGAUUCGACCACAAGCGCUCAGCGGCUGCAGCUGCUCGUGGCCAGAUUCGUCCUUCAACAGAAUGUUCAUCUAUGUACUCGGUCCAGACACAUACUUCGCCUCCUAAAAUCCCUUUUCCUUCAGGAAGCUGAUUUUGAUACACUUUUUUCCAUGCGUAGUAAGUUGUUUGUCCCCAAAAGCCAUGAUCGAGAUACCAUGCAUCCUUCGUUGAAAUAAUGAGUUUAUAUCCGAGACUUUGUAAGGCUCUAGGAAUUUCACUUUCGGAAGGGAGCCACGUUUGUAUUACAUAUCGACUCUUGUCCAAAAACCGUUGAAUUACAGAUGGCUCUGUAAGUUGGCUAGACCACAAAAUAACAGGUGCAGGAAUAAAGUUUUCUUUAGUAUUUGGGUUAGACUGGAACCGCGCAUUGUCCCAAAGUUGAAGCGAUUUAUUCUGUAAAUAUAAAAAUUGUAGUCAGUGAACGUAUGAAUCUAACGUA